AGGGCCAUCCUGCAUGCCUAAUCCGCUAUUUAAGGAGCUGCUCGCCUGCAGCCCAGGCACCACCCCCUCCUCACGUACACCGGUUCCGAGCCACCUUAAAAGCGGGAGGCAACUGUGAAGUUGCUGGCCAGUAAGUGGUGAGGAGACUACAGAGGGGCAUACAGAGAGGGCAGAGAGGAAGAAAGACAAAGUGAGAGAGAAAGAAAUUUAUCCUGGGAUCCAGAAGUUCGUGUUAACCUGUGGACAAUCAAAUCCCUGGAAGUCUGCAAAGCCAAGAAGAAAAGAGAUAGGACGCCAGAAACUCCUCUCUCCCUCUCCACCUCUCUCUUCUAGCCCCCAAAUUCGUGGUCCCCUCUGCCCCAUUGUGGGGAUAAUAUGUUGUUCUUCGCUCUCCUGUUAAAGGUGACUUGGAUCCUGGCUGCAGAUGGGGGUCACCACUGGACAUACGAAGGCCCACACGGUCAGGACCAUUGGCCAACCUCUUACCCUGAGUGUGGAGGCAAUGCCCAGUCCCCCAUCGAUAUCCAGACAGACAGUGUGAUAUUUGACCCCGAUCUGCCUGCUGUACAGCCCCAUGGAUAUGAUCAUCUUGGUACUGAGCCUUUGGAUCUACACAAUAAUGGCCAUACAGUGCAGCUCUCCCUGCCCCCAAGCCUGCACCUCAGUGGGCUGCCGCGGAAAUACACAGCAGCCCAGCUCCACUUGCACUGGGGCCAGAAAGGAUCCCUAGAAGGCUCAGAGCACCAGAUCAACAGUGAAGCCACCGUUGCAGAGCUCCACGUGGUCCAUUACGACUCAGAGUCCUACGGCAGCUUGAGUGAGGCUGCUCAGAAGCCUGAGGGCCUGGCUGUCCUAGGCAUCCUAAUUGAGGUGGGUGAGACUGAGAAUCCAGCUUAUGAUCACAUUCUGAGUCAUCUGCAUGAAAUAAGACACAAAGAUCAGAAGACCUCUGUGCCUCCCUUCAGUGUGAGGGAGCUGUUCCCCCAGCAGCUGGAGCAAUUCUUCCGAUACAAUGGCUCGCUCACAACUCCUCCCUGCUACGAGAGUGUAGUCUGGACAGUCUUCAACAGAAGGGCCCAGAUUUCAAUGGGACAGUUAGCGACGCUCCAGGGGACACUGUUCUCUACAGAAGAGGACUCAUCUGAGCCCCUUGUACAGAACUACAGAGUCCCCCAGCCUCUCAACCAGAGGACCAUCUUUGCUUCUUUCAUCCAAGUGGGACCACUGUAUACCACAGGAGAGAUGUUGGGUCUAGGUGUGGGAAUCUUGGCUGGAUGUCUCUGCCUUCUGCUGGCUAUUUAUUUCAUCGCUCGAAAAAUUAGGAAGAAGAGGCUCGGAAACAGGAAAAGUGUGGUUUUCACCUCUGCUCGGGCUACCACAGAAGCAUGAACUGUCAAGACGCUGUGGCUGCCUUCCUCUCAUACUGUCAGGGAGCCUUAGAGGAUACAGGCAGACACAUGUCCUUCUAGAUACCACCUCUCUGUGCACAUGUACCGGAGGAGCAAGGACCCCAGCUCUUCUUCAAGGAAGGGCUGAGCCUUUGGCCCUGCAAAGCUGUAGAUCUGGAGAUACUGUUUUAAUGUCUAGUUAUGAAGAGGCCGAGGAUAAGCUCUGCCGUCACCGUCAUGCCCCCUCCCCCAGGUACACAUAGUUUUCUCCUCUAGGAAAAAAGGGCUGCUGCUGGGAUUUUAAUUAUUUUUUGCUCAAUAUAUGUUUGGAAAUUAAAAGUUUUUGACCUUAA